AGAUUUCCGAUACGCAAUUAAAAUUUGCGUUAUAAGCGAGGACAGACGUAAAUCGAAGUUAUACAUAUUUUUACCCCCUUUCUACGCUCGAAACUUACUACUUAACAAGCGCAUACCGUAAAUAAUUACCUGGAUAAAGCGUGCAAAAGGUAAACAACACGACCGAAUGGCCAUAGAGUAAGCGCUCUAAACACUUCUUCCGUCGGCCAAAUUUGCCUGGAAUUAACGAAAAAACGCUGUUAGGAGUGUAAAUUUUCGAUGUGAAAACAAUUUACCGCAUUCGAGUGAGGAAAUUGCAGAUUUCUGCUGUCAUUUCGUAGUCAUGUCCUUAGUUAAUGGAGCAGAAAGGAAGCAGGAAGUCAAAGAAAAGUAUCCAAAGUCAGUUUUUUUUAUCAUCGGCAACGAGUUUUGCGAAAGAUUCUCUUAUUAUGGCAUGAGAGCCGUGUUGACCCUAUUUCUGACGCAGAUUCUUCUGUAUAGUGAAGACACGGCUACUGUCAUUUUCCAUGGAUUUGCUAUGGGAUGUUACUUUACACCAUUGUUUGGUGCGUUGGUGGCCGAUGUUCUCCUCGGAAAAUUCAAGACAAUACUUUACAUAUCUAUACUCUAUGUACUAGGAAAUGUCGUCAUCUCUCUAGCUUCUAUACCUAAUUUCAUACCUAUGAGGCCGUUGACCAUCUUGGGACUGCUCAUGAUCGCAGUUGGCACUGGAGGAAUUAAGCCCUGUGUUUCUGCGUUUGGUGGAGAUCAGUUCAAACCGAGUCAGGAAAAACAACUACAGAGGUUCUUCUCUCUAUUUUACCUAUCCAUCAACGCUGGAAGCUUGUUAUCCACCUUCUUAACUCCCGUUUUGAGAGCCGAUGUACACUGCUUUGGUAAUUCUACGUGUUUUCCUUUGGCUUUUGGUGUUCCUGCCAUCCUCAUGAUCGUAGCAUUAGUUAUUUUUGUCAUUGGUUCCCCUAUGUAUAAAGUGAACCCUCCAAAGGGCAAUAUAUUAGUGGAUGUAGUCAAAUGUAUAUCGCAUGCCCUAGUAAAGAAAAGCAAGUCGAAAAAAUCAGAAGAAACUAAGAACCAUUGGUUAGAUUAUGCUGAUGAUAGAUUUGAUGCAAAGUUAAUUUCUGAUGUGAAAGGACUUCUGUCGGUGCUAUUUCUGUACUUGCCACUUCCAUUAUUCUGGGCGCUUUUCGAUCAGCAGGGUUCGAGAUGGACAUUGCAAGCCACAAGAUUAGAUGGAUAUUUUUUUGGUUAUCGCAUAAAACCGGAUCAAAUCCAAGUAGUCAAUCCUCUCUUCAUUAUUGGAUUCAUACCGUUGUUCGAUUACAUUAUAUACCCAUUCUUUGCUAAAUUUAAUUUGUUAACAAGGCCACUUCAGAGGAUCACAGUUGGAGGUUUAUUAGCUGCUUCUUCGUUCUUUAUCGCUGGAUUUCUUGAGAUUUCCAUCGAGCAAAAUAUGCCCUCCCAUCCUAUGGAAGGUCAUACGCACUUGAAUAUCAUCAAUAAUGUGCCAUGUAAUUUGAAAAUUGCUGGAGAAGUAUUUUCUACAGAAUUGUCUUAUAAGCAGAUGUUUAAAGCCAAAGAUGUUAAAUCGGACGUUGUCCAUAAUUUAAAAAUUACCGCUGAUAAAUGUGAAAGCGCCGAUUAUAACAUAGAUUCAAUGACGUAUCGUCUACGUACAUUCAAUUCUCUAGAAACUAUUGUUUUUAGAAGUUUUAACAAUACGCUUAACGUUCAGAAGGUUAACGACUCUCUAGAACACUCUUCUGAAGGCGAUUCUCAAGUUAGAUUCCUAUUUGAUUUCGGCAACAAUUCUAAAGACAAUUUCACAAUUAAUUUGAAUGGUGAUAAAAAGUUUCCUGUCCCAAUCACUGAUAGAAAUAACGGAAGCACGCAUUAUCUUCACGUAACUCCCGGAAAAUAUAAAGUUGAAAUCGAAGGAACAACCUUUCAACCCAAAGAAGAGAAUAGCGAAUUCAAUUUUGAAACUGGUGGAAUUUACAUAUGUACCGCUACCAUCGAUAAAAAUAAGAAAUUAAGAUGGUCAUUGAGUGUUGUUGGAGAACCAAACACGAAAUCCAUGCUUCUACAGAUUCCUCAAUAUACGGCCAUAACCGCUGGUGAAAUUAUGUUUUCUAUCACUGGUUUAGAAUUUUCUUACUCGCAGGCUCCAAAAAGUAUGAAGAGUGUGGUUCAAGCUGCGUGGUUACUGACUACCGCCUUUGGGAAUCUCAUAGUUAUGAUAAUUGCUGAAUUAGAGUUAUUCGAAAGACAGUCAUACGAAUUCUUCAUGUUUGCUUGUCUGAUGAUCCUGGACAUGUUGAUCUUCGCUUUCAUGGCUUAUAAUUACAAAUAUGUGGAAGAAACCAGUGAAACAACUAGCGAAAUGCUGAAUGAAAAAGAAAAAGAAAAACCGGAGAAAGGCAACGUGAACGAAGGUUUCGUAGAAAAUACUAAAAUGUGAUAUCGGAACUUCCCCGUAACUACUCUAAA